CGGUAACGGAGAAGAUGGCAGAGCGGCAACAACAGAAACACGAAGGCAGGGUAAAAAUCGGCCAUUACAUCCUCGGCGACACGCUCGGAGUGGGAACAUUCGGCAAAGUGAAGAUUGGCGAGCACCAGUUGACAGGCCAUAAAGUGGCUGUAAAGAUCCUAAACAGACAAAAGAUCCGCAGUCUCGAUGUUGUUGGAAAGAUCAAACGAGAGAUCCAGAAUCUCAAACUGUUCAGACACCCACACAUUAUCAAGCUGUACCAGGUGAUCAGUACACCCACAGACUUCUUCAUGGUCAUGGAGUAUGUGUCAGGAGGUGAGCUGUUUGACUACAUCUGCAAACAUGGACGGGUGGAGGACACAGAAGCCCGCCGUCUUUUCCAGCAGAUUAUCUCAGCUGUUGACUACUGCCACAGGCACAUGGUGGUCCACAGAGACCUCAAACCUGAGAACGUCCUACUGGAUGCCAGCAAAAAUGCCAAGAUAGCCGAUUUCGGUCUGUCAAACAUGAUGUCAGAUGGGGAGUUUCUACGGACGAGCUGUGGCUCACCGAACUAUGCUGCUCCAGAGGUCAUCUCAGGAAGACUCUAUGCAGGCCCAGAGGUUGACAUCUGGAGCUGUGGGGUGAUCCUGUACGCCCUGCUGUGCGGCACCCUGCCCUUUGAUGAUGAGCACGUCCCCACGCUGUUCAAAAAGAUCAGAGGAGGCGUCUUUUACAUCCCAGAGUACUUGACUCGCUCGGUGGCCUCGCUGCUCAUGCUCAUGCUGCAGGUGGACCCUUUGAAAAGAGCCACCAUCAAAGACAUCAGGGAACAUGAAUGGUUUAAGCAGGACCUGCCAGGCUACCUGUUCCCUGAGGACCCCUCAUACGACGCUACAGUCCUGGACGAAGAGGCCGUCAGGGAAGUGUGUGAGAAGUUUGAAUGCACAGAGUCCGAGGUUGUGUCCAGCCUUUACAGCGGGGAUCCUCAGGAUCAGCUAGCAGUAGCCUAUCACCUUAUAAUAGACAACCGGCGCAUCAUGACGCAGGCCAGCGAGUUCUACUUGGCCUCCAGUCCUCCCCAGGGCUCUUUCAUAGAAGAAGGCAUGCCGCUGCCCCCCGGUGUCAAACCCCACCCAGAGAGGAUGCCUCCGCUCCUGGCCGACAGCCCCAAGGCUCGUUGUCCUCUGGACGCUCUCAACACAACUCGGCCCAAGCCGCUGGCAGUGAAGAAAGCCAAGUGGCACCUGGGUAUCAGGAGUCAGAGCAGACCGUAUGAUAUCAUGGCUGAAGUAUACAGGGCUAUGAGACAACUCAGCUUUGACUGGAAGGUCGUGAACCCAUAUCACCUGCGAGUGCGGAGGAAGAAUCCAGUGACGGGAAACCUGGUGAAAAUGAGCCUGCAGCUUUAUCAGGUGGACAACAGAUCCUACCUCCUCGACUUCAAGAGCAUCGAUGAUGACAUCAUUGAGGCGGUGGGCUUUAAAUCGGGUUCAUCCACUCCUCAGAGGUCGGGCUCCACAGCCGGCCUCCACAGACCCAGACUGAGCAUUGAUUCAGCAAGUCCAGCGAUUGAUCUUCCCCAGCUCAGCUCCUCCCUCCCCGGGUCACUGUCUGGUAGCUCCCCUCUUCUCACCCCCCGUCAGGGAUCACACACCAUGGACUUCUUUGAAAUGUGCGCCAGUCUCAUCACUACGCUGGCACGCUGAGACCCAUUGUCGACUCCUGACCUCGCUGUAACCUGGAUGUCAGUGGGGUUUUGAAGCCAAAUGCUGAUCCAGGACGUAGGAAGUGUAGAUGCUCGGAGUGACUUCCUCUCUCUGUCUCCUCUCCAUCUCUGUUCCAGUUGAAAAGCAAUGCCUUUCACCUCAGAUUAGGGAGACACAGAGAGGAAUCCUUUUUUGGAAAGGCAGAUUAGUAGCUUCUUUAUUCUCAUUUUGACGCAGUCCUUGGAUCAUAGUCUUGGGAGUUGAAACAUCCAGCCACAGCUUGUGAAAACUGAUCCUUGGACUGGCAUCUGUGACAUAGCGGAGGCCAGCAAAGUGAGUGGCAAUAGGUCACAGUUCACAGUCGUGUUGGAGUCAGCAAAGGUCAAGUCCACUGUAACUCCUCCCACAAAUACCUUCAAUCUUCUAUCAACUGCUGAAACAUCAUCAAUGGCAGGAAAACCUGCUGAGUUUCCCCCAGACACUGAUCCGAGGUCAGUUUAGCUUCUUGUCUUGAUGAUUAAAAUUGACAUUAAAUCUGUGUCUGGGGGAACGUUAGCACAUGUAAAAUUUAUUUUCAGGUUUUAUAUUAUAUGGUUUGUAAAGAAACUUUUGUUAUCCAUGUAUAUUAUAUUUAUAUUACAAUCAUAUUACGUAGCUUAAAAGGUUGACAAAGGAUGAACCAAAUAACAGACUUUUUACUCCAGAAAAAUAUUAUUAUUAUUUAGAUAUCAGAUCCAUAUUUAUUUUUGAGCGAGUUUUUUAGGCACUGUAGUUACAUUAUUUAUGCACUGCAUCAGCGUAGAGUUUUAUCUUGAUUUUGAAUAGAUUGUAGAAGAUUAAUGAAACUAGAGAGGCAGGAUAGUAGGACGAUAAUACUGCAUGGUACGAACGGUGUCCUGCAUUUAGUGUUGACGUACAGAUACACACCAUCUCACAUGAGCUUCCGCAACCACUAUAUAAUCUCUUUCUUUUUUUUGGACAGCAAUUGACUGUGUGUUUUUCCGCCGUGUAUACUGUACAUCUGCUAUUUUCACACACAACCAUCAUUUUAUGCAUUCAAUAGCUGUCAAAAA